AUGGUGGUCUUUGUCGACUACGACCAGCAUUCGUCCGAUGACGCGCGACAUCCGAUCCUACACUCCUACAACAAGACAGAUGUCGUGGCUGUGAAGGCAUUUUACACAAAGCCCGGGCCUGGGCUGGCCUUCGAUAAUCCGAACAUAAACGCAUUUAGUCGCUGUUUGGGCUGUUACCCACGAGUUUGGACGUGGCGUACCCGAUAUGGCGCGUACCUCGGCGCAGGCUUGGGGACUGGAAUCGGCGAAGGAUGCCAGGGUGUGAAGUGCGGGAAAGGAGAGAAUUGUCUUGCCGCUCAGGCGAUUGAAUUAGAAGUAGAUCGCGAGGUGGACGAAUCAGAAAUCACCAUUCCGCAUCACCAUAAUCAUCAUCGUCAUCUUGGUGAUCGUACAGAUGGCCACACGGCAUUGCAUGGCAUUGCUGUCGGGGAAAGAAGCGAUGGCCAUCAGCAUGAUGAUGAGCCGGGGUAUCUGCGACAGGAGAUAGUCGGCAUCGGCGGGGUUGUUAAGCAAAAGGUCAAAAAGAGAGUCAUAGUAGGGGCUUGUGUGGAAGAGUACGAGGAUGAGCGUGAGACUGGCAAGUACCUGCGGCGCGAAGAAACCGGUCAGGGAUUUGGAGCAGGAACUGGCAUAAACCGAGUUUCAUAUGUUAUCCCGGCAAAGCACGCAUGA